ACCGCACACCCACAGGCCCCGUCAGAAGGGAACAAGUUCCUUCCUUGCUUCUGGGUUCCGCUCCAGCUGCGGGACCGCACCUUGCGGCGCGGGCAGCGGGCAGCAGAGUCACUCACUCCGGGAUGGGGCUGCUGCCCGGGCACCGCUUCCCUUCUCUGCUGCUUCUGCUCCUGCGUCUGCUGCCAGCCGGGCUCCGGGCGCCGCCGGCAGACAGUCACUCCCUUUACUACAACAUAACUGUCAAUCCCAAGGCCGGACCUGGACAGCAACGGUGUGAUGUUCAAGGUCACGUGGAUGACAGGAGGAUUCUGCACUGUGAUUGCAGCUUCAGUAAGAUCAGCUUUUUUGACCCCCUUGGGAGGGAAGUGGAUGCCAUUGACAACUGGGCAGAGCAGACAGAAAUGCUGCGAGAUGCGGUGGACGCCCUCAACCAGCAAGUGGCCGAAAUGAAACAUUCCACGAGCAAGGAUCCCCCAAGCCUGCAGGCCAGGAUGUGCUGUCGGCGUGGAGCCAGUGGCGGCACGCAUGGGUCCUGGCAGUUCAGCUUCGAUGGACAGAUCGGCCUCCUCUUUGACCCGGAGGCCAGAAAGUGGACAGAGGUUCACCCUAGGGCCAGCUGGAUGAAGACGACCUGGGAGAAUGACAGGCAGCUGACUGAGUUCUUGAGGAAGGUGUCCAUGGGAGACUGCACAAGGUGGCUGGGGAACUUCUCGUUGCCCUGGGAGGAGAUGCUGGAGGCUUCAGCGUGGCCACCCCCAACCUCAGGAGCAGUCCCAUCCAAGGCCACAGCCACCAUGCCCAUGCCCUGGACCUUUCUCCUGCUCCUCACCAGCUCAGUCAUCUUUGUCAGGUGUCUCACUAGCCUGACCCGUGUAGUUGAUGUAAGAUGUGAUGUGGAAGCCUGAAGAGCUCGAGGCAAAUGGGAUGAAGACAUUGGGCUGCCAGAGAAGGCUGAUGCACAAGUCUCUU